AAAAAUUGAAUUAAGCAGAUGACUAUUUUUUUUUCUUUUGUUUUUUUUAAAGGCAUCAAAAGAGUGGAGAGUUGUGACCUCAUUUUUAGAUGAGCUUGUCAAAAUGGCAAACAAGUCAAAGAGCUUUGAAAAUAGUUCUGAGAGUUUAGUAGUUCUGAACCAAGGUAAAACAUUAUUGACAAACUAUUCUUAUUCUUCUACUCUAGACACGAUUGUCUAUUCUUGAUCAGAUUGAUUGAUUGAUUUAAUAUUUAUGUCGCGCUGGUAUCCAUGCCACUCUAGCAUGCUCACCGCGCUCUGGUCCUCUGAAAUCUAUUUAAACAAACGUGUUUUUAAUUGUUUCUUAAAUUAUUUUUUAUCAUUUACAAUUCUCCUCAAAGAUUGAGGCAAACUGUUCCAUAAUUUUGGUGCUAUCGCUUGAAAAGAGCUCAAUAAGACUUUUUUCUGUGUUCAUCCACACUAGGCACACUCAGUAAGUCCUGUGUUGAAGACCGCAGGCUCUUCAAAGACACAUGUUUAUUAAUCAGUUCCUUGAGCUAUUCUGGUGCUGAGCCAUCCAUGCAGCUGUACGCCAGGGACAGAAUUUUGUAGUUAAUGCGCUCACUCACAGGAACCCAAUGGAGAUCUCGUAGAACUGCAUGCAUUGACAACAGAACUGAUAUGGGGAAUCAUACUAAGUUUAAUUUCAAUUUAAAAGCCAAUGUCUCCGACAGUCGAGGACAACAGGAUCUCCUUAAAAGUGUUGCAAAAUGACAAAAUACUAAAUGUUGAUUAGCAUUGUUUUGCACCCACAUUGUUUGUUGUGUAAUGAGGUCACGUUUUUAUGCUGUCUUGAUGUGUUCCAUGUUGUUCUAAAACAAGUAAAACAUUGAACUAACCUUGAUGACUUGAUGUUUGGUGAUGUGAAGUAACUUAGCAAUUUGAUAUUUUCAACAAAAAGGAUAAUAUAUUCUUGAUCUUUUCAAUUGUAAAGACAAUCUGUUGGGUACCAAAGAAAGACAAUAAAUACCAGCCUGAGCCAAUAGUUUUGAUUUUUAAGCUAUGGGCUCAACUCUACUCUUUAGAUGUGCUGCAACAGCCAGGUCGACCAAGAGCUCUGACUUUUGAAAAGCACCUUCACAAGCUGCUGGACACUGACCUUAAACAACUGUACACAGCAGUGACGCGUGCCCGGGUCAACGUGUGGAUUUUUGAUGAAGAUACAGAGAAACGAGCCCCAAUGUUUGAAUAUUUCAAGGCACUCGACCUUGUGAAAAUUUUAGGUGGAGGAGACACAGACCAUGAUAAUGAAGGUAAUUUUUUUCUUCCUUUUCCUUUAAAAAAAGACUUGCUUCCAAGAUUUGAACAGUUAUGAGAUUAGGUUGAAUGUAUUGUACACAUCUAUGUUGAUUUCCGAAGUACAAACAACCAAUAACUGCCAUUGCUCAACAUCAAGACAAGUUAAGUCAUCCAUUCAUACUGAUUAAUUGGGUAUAGAAAAAAAUGACAUAUUUAUAUGCUGUCAACCUUCUCGGGGAAAAUAUAAAUAUGUUUCCAUUAAAAGCCACAAGGAAGCCUGAUGCUGUUGUGUGGUUUGCUCCAACCUUCCUCCCUUGUGUGACGACAGCAAAGGAUUCUAGCUUGUAAUUGCAACUUUUUGUGUGUAGUAUCAGUGAUGAAUUGGGAUUUAAAGCUGUACCUAAGGCUGAGGGAGAAUCAAAUAAAACAAGGGUAUUAAAAAAAAGCAUAAAUUAAAAUUUUAAAAAAUUUAGAAACACAGCAAAAAAUAUUUAAAUCCAAAAAUCAAUAUAUAAUUUUUUUAGGGUAUCGAUCCAACAGUCAGACAUUGAUGUAGGUUAUGAGUUCUGCAGAGUAGCAGAAUGAAGUGGAGGGUAUGCAGGGCUUUACAUGCAUUUUACUGUGGUAUGCCAGAUAUCAGUGUUUUGUAGCUUUCAGAAUCCAUAAAUAUUAACACACCAUAAGAUCCAAUAUUUGGAGCUUAACAAUAUAGUAUCUACUAAAUGGCAAUUUCUUAUAAAAGUACAAUACUACAAAAUGUAUGUUUUUUUUCUAGGCAAAGGUUUCAUGGAAGCCUCUACCCCAAUGCAAUGGAAAAAGGCAGGAGACAAACACAUGAAACAGAAAAAAUAUGAAGUGGCUGCCACAUGUUACAAGUAAAGCUGUUGAUAAAAAUUUAAACUUAAAAUAACACUGUCUUUAUUAUUUUCACAUUAAUUAUACAUAAAACAUACAGCUGAGUUAAUUAAAUAUUGUUUAUAGCUAAAAUAUGUUAUAAAUUCGAAAAUCAAAUUUUCUCAGAAAAGCCAACCAAACACGCCUAGAAAAACUGGCCAAAGCUUUCAUUACCUCAGAGGAAGCUGCCAGAGAGGCCAACACUUCAG